AUGGAUGAUAAUCAGCGAAAGUUUACUUUUAAACCCAUAAAGAACACUCCGAAAACCACCACUCCCCUUGUGUCUUGUCCAGCCCCACCUGUCACUUUGCACCGACCACUUUUCACGUCUCCAGAACCCUCCGGUGGAUCUAAAGAUGAGAGUACAGUUAAGGUUUCAGCUAAGUUCCUGCCUACAGCUACAGUAACUCCACUUAGGAAAGACAAGGACACGGUUAGGUCACCAUCUCCCGACCUCGAUGUUUCAGUUCACGAUUCAGAUCUUCCUUCACCGUCAUGGUUCGAUGAAAAUGACCAAGCAAUAAGUGCUAGUUGUUCAUAUCCCCAAGGUGCAUCAUGUAAUGUACAACAGAAUGAUCCAUCCCCAGUUCACUUGGGUACGUUAAUGGACUCGAAAAGCUGCACAACACCUUCUAGCAUCUCAAAGUCUUUUAUGUCUGACACUGGUGAAACUGUUCGUGUUCCAGAAGAAAAACCACCUCACUCAGAUCACCACCGUGACUCUGUAGUUAUACCCAAGUCUUUUUAUGACGUAAUUUGCAAAACUUGUGACUUGUUAGAAAAUUUGUCAAUGAAUAAGCUCAUGUAUUGUUUCGGUGACGAGUUGUCUGUUAUAACACGACUACUGCAUGAAAGGAACUCAAGUUCAGUGACUACUGAUAAUCACCAUUCACCACCAGGAAUAUUAGGUGGACGAAGUGACGCCAUCUCUUUGCCAGCAUUACCUGGUGAACAUCGCAAAAUAAAAAAGACUAACGUUACCCCACGUGUAACGGAACAAAUUCUACCAGAUGACGACAGUUGGCUUGACAUCGAAACUGGGUCGACAAAAUUGCACAGUGCUGUAGAAACUCCUGCAAAAUGUUCUGUAGGUAAGAAGCCGAACAUUACACCCAAAAAGACCUGUGAUCGCGUCCCACAAAAGCCAGUUGCAACCGCAGAUUCAGGUGAAGGGAACGUGUUUCUUCCUCUUAAAGCUGUUCAGUCUAAAUGGGAUCUUCCAGCUUGCUGCAGUGAUGAAUACGAUCAGCCGGAUGAUGGUUCCACGGGAGAGUUCGAUGGGGAUAAUCGUUUUCCUCAUUCACAGCGCAUGAUGGAAGCAUUUUCAAAGAUGUUUGGUUUGCGAUCGUUUCGGCGAAAUCAACUUCAAGCUAUUAAUGCAGCCCUCCUUGGCCGUGAUUGUUUUGUGAUUAUGCCAACUGGUGGUGGCAAAAGUCUGUGUUAUCAACUGCCAGCUGUAGUUCAAUCAGGAUUGACAUUAGUUAUUUCUCCUUUAAAAGCAUUGGUUUUGGAUCAAGUUACAAAACUUCAAUCCCUCGGGGUAGGAGCUGGUCAUUUAACCGGCGAAGCCACUCUUGCAGAAAGUGAUCGAGUUUACGCCAGCCUGCAUUCGGCCAGUCUGCGUUUAAAACUUCUAUAUGUAACACCAGAGAAAAUUGCCGCAUCUGAUAAACUGAAGGCAUGUCUGGAACAGCUAUAUAAACGUAAUCUGUUAGAUCGUUUUGUGAUUGAUGAAGCACAUUGUGUUAGCCAGUGGGGUCAUGAUUUUAGACCAGAUUACAGAAAUCUGAGUGUUUUACGCACAAAUUUCCCAAAUGUCCCAAUGAUGGCUAUGACUGCUACGGCUACACCAAAAGUUCGCAGAGAUAUUCUCCUUCAACUGAAGAUGACAAAUACUAAAUGGUUUAUCCAAAGUUUUAAUCGUGCAAAUUUAAGAUUUGAAGUACGACCAAAAAAGCCUAAAAAUUGUACAAAAGAGAUUAUUGAUGUUAUUCGCAAUGAAUUUCCUAAACGAUCAGGAAUUGUUUACUGUUUAUCCCGCCGAGAGUGUGAUCUGGUAGCUGAUGAAUUGGUUGGUGCUGGUUUUCAAGCGGCUGCUUAUCAUGCUGGAAUGACGGAUGCUCAAAGAAGAAAAGUUCAGCAAGCAUGGAUUCAAGAAGAUAAAUGUAAGAUUGUCUGUGCAACUAUUGCUUUCGGUAUGGGAAUAGACAAACCGGAUGUUCGAUUCGUUAUACAUCAUUCUAUACCAAAGUCUAUUGAGGGCUAUUAUCAAGAGGCUGGACGUUCAGGAAGAGAUGGUCUACCUUCAACGUGUAUUCUUUACUACCAUUGGCAUGAUGUUGUAAGGCUACGCAAAUUAAUACAAGGUGAUGGACCUGGUUCAACGGCUAGAGAAACUCUUCGAUUUCAUGAAGAUGCACUUUAUCGUAUGGUUUCUUACUGUGAAAAUCAAAUUGAUUGUCGUCGGAAACAGAUGUUAUCACAUUUUGGUGAAGCGUUUGAUGCAGCUGAUUGUGGAACUAUAGUUGGAUGUCUGUGUGAUAAUUGUCAGCUGUCCGAUAGAAGACGUCUUGAACACAGAGAUGUUACGGAAGAUGCAAUGAAGAUUGUUCGUUCAGUUGAAGUUUUCUUACGAUCACGACGUAAUGUAACGCUGAAUUAUCUUGUGGAUCUCUUUCGAGGAGCUAAUACUAGUCAAAUUCAACGAAGUGGUGAUCAGACGAGUCAAAUAUAUGGUCAAGGGUCGAGUUAUUCGAAAACAGAUGCUGAAAGACUUCUACAUCGUCUUGUCUCUGAACGCGUAUUGUAUGAAGAGUUAGCGGUCACACAAAUGGAUCAUGUUGUUGCGUACGUUCGUCUUGGGUUAAAAGCAACAGGACUUUUAAAUGGUUCACUUAAAAUUACUUUGCCAAUUUCUGUUCUAACUCGACCUGGUCAAAGUGAAGCGAAUGUAGUCGGUCGUCCACCGGAGGAUCGUUAUGCCAGUAUUCGUAAUCAAUGCUAUGAGGAGUUAGUUCAAGCUGCUAAACAACUUACUUCAAGUCAAGGCAUUUCAAAUUAUGCUACCGUUUUUCCAAAUGAAAUGUUACUUGAAAUGUCGUCAAGUUUACCGACUACACGUGAAGAACUAUUACAGAUUCCUCAGUGUACUGAAUACAAAUUGAAUUGUUUCAAUGCUGAGUCAGCAUUUUUAGAGAUCACAUUGAAUUACCUAUCAAUACUCGGUGCUUUGAAAGCUGAAGAGAAAGAGAUAGAAGAAUCUCACCUUCAAGAAACGCAUACACCAGUGUCUCUUUCUAGUCGAGGAGGACGUGGGCGAAAUACUUUUGUAAAACGUCGUGGAAAAGCGUACACUGCAAAAAAGACCACAUCAACUACAGGUGAACGUAAACGAAAAGGCAGUUUUCUAUUUGGAAAACAAUUCAAGUCGAAUUCCACUUUCUCAGGAGCAUCCAACACAACUGGUUGGAAACGAAAACCUUCAGAAUCUGCGACUUCCAGUUCGAACUCAUUUCAACCAAAACUUAUGAAACUUUCUGUUAAAGGAGAUUAA